CCAAGUUCCUCAUCUAUGUGAGCGGAGCGUUAUCUAUGUGGGGUGAUCGCAUGUGGCAUUUCGCCAUCUCUGUCUUUCUGAUUGAGCUGUAUGGGCAUAACCUGCUGUUAACUGGCAUCUUUGGACUGGUGGUGGCCGGAUCUGUGCUCUUAUUAGGGGCUUUGAUUGGAGACUGGGUUGACCGCAACCCAAGAAACAAAGUGGCCCACGGUUCCCUAUUUAUUCAGAAUAUCUCAGUGACUGUCUGCAGCAUCGUGCUCAUGUUGGUAUUCUCAUACAAAAAGCGGAUUGAGGAAAUCUGGGAUGGGUGGCUAACUGUGGUUUGUUAUAUGGUGGUGAUCGUCCUGGCAAAUGUGGCAAACCUCGCCAGCACAGCUCUCACCAUUGCCAUCCAGAGGGACUGGAUAGUGGUGAUCACAGGCUACAACCAUGGCCAUCUCGCAGGAAUGAAUGCUACAAUGAGGCGGAUCGAUCAGGUGACCAACAUCCUGGCUCCACUGGCAGUGGGUCAGGUAAUGACCCUGUCCUCUAAUGUGGUUGGCUGUGGCUUCAUCUUAGGAUGGAAUCUGGUGUCCCUCAUUGUAGAGUUCAUCUUCCUCUCCAGAGUCUACCGGAUCGUACCAUCGCUGUCCAUUAAACCGCCAGCUAUGGAACAUCAAAGCUAUUUAGAGAAGAAAAGAGAAAGAAAACGCUCACAAGGCAGGACCUCAGCAUGUCCAGCUGCUGCCAUCUCCGAGGAAAACACCAGAAUUCAUUUACAAAAAAUAAGCGGAACAGCAGUGUGCCUUCAUCGGCUGCAUGGGCUCCUCAGCACCUGCCGGGAAGGAUGGAGGGCGUAUUAUAGACAGCCUGUUUUCCUAGCCGGCCUGGGCCUGGCCUUCCUUUACACCACAGUGCUGGGCUUUGACUGCAUCACCACCGGCUAUGCCUACACCCAGGGCAUCAGUGGCUCGCUGCUCAGCAUUCUGAUGGCCUUGUCAGCUGUGGCGGGGCUUUUGGGUACUGUGCUUUUCACAAAGCUGCGGAAAACAUGUGGCCUGGUCAAUACUGGGGUCAUUUCCAGCGGUCUGCACCUAGUUUGCCUGUUGCUUUGUUUGUGCUCCGUGUUUGCCCCCGGUAGCCCAUUGGACACCAGCAUGCUAAAUAUCGGGAAUGCGUCAGAUGUGGGUGGGAUGACCGGAGGUCAACAAAGGCACGGAUACCCACUGCGUGGAAGCAACAACCAGCCUCUGCUGCCAGACCGUUCCUCCAUUCACUGGACCAAUAACACUGUGCUGUUCGAGAACGCACCAGCAGGGUCAGGAACCAAAUCUUAUGUCUCCAUCAUCCUGCUGUUCCUUGGAGUUAUUACAGCUCGAGUUGGUCUCUGGUCCUUUGACCUGACAGUGACUCAGCUCUUGCAGGAGACCAUAUGUGAAUCAGAGCGUGGGGUGGUGAAUGGAGUCCAGAGUUCCAUGAACUACCUGAUGGACUUGCUGCACUUCAUCAUGGUCAUCUCUGCACCCCAGCCACAACACUUCGGCAUCCUUGUCAUCAUCUCCAUCCUAUUCAUUUUCACGGGACACACCAUGUACUUCCUGUAUGCCAGAAAAGUCAAGAGGAAACCACGCACAAACACAUGACCCUGAUAGCACACGCACAUCACAGAGACGUCUAUUUGACGCCUGCAUUUACAUUUGCAAGAGGUU